AUGUUUUCCGACGAGAUUGAUCGACUCCUUUUGGCAGACACCCGCGCCAAACGAACCUUCAUUGGUGUAUUCGGCGCUGACGAACUCGAGACACUGGGGCGAAUCCGGAAAAGGAGAUUUGGUCUUGUUGUCAACACGGAUCGACGAGACCAACCAGGCAGGCACUGGCAGAGCAUUUUUGUCGACAACGAUCGCCAAACUUGUCACUAUUUUUGUUCGUUGGCCGAGAAACCAAACGCCCACAUUGAGAGGUACUUGUCAAAGUUUCCCGUUGUGAAAAUCAACAAGAGCAAGCAACAAAAAAACAGCGCGCUGACGUGUGGCGGAUAUUGUGUUUUUGUUCAAUCGAUGCAAGCACGCGGAAUCCCGUUUGAAACAAUCUGCACGGUUUUUGACAGCAUUACAAAUGACGAUGUUUUUAUUGCAAACUACUUGAAACAAAAUCAUGGAUACGUCUCUUCGCCGCCCCCUUAG